AACAUCUGAGAGGAUUUUCUGCGAUCACGCUGCCCUCUCUUAGAUUGAGCUGUAAUUCUUUGGAAUGUAUUAGGCCAACAAGUGAUCAUUUACUCGAGAAUUAUGAUGUGUACAAUUUGAUUCCAAGCAGACAAAAUGUCAUUACAGUCUUCAGUGCAAGAAGACAGUGUGAGUCAUUUCAGGUUAUCAAGACGCUGGUUUGUUUAUAGUUCCAUUACUUUUUUGGCAACAUUUACAGCAUUAUACCAUCAUUCCAGUGUACAACAAGAACAACAAAAGAAAGAAGUUUAUCAUUGGUUGAGAAAUAUUGGUUCAUAUCCUCAUCGUAAAGCAAUAUAUAACCAGGGAUGUACAUCUCUCGUGCGCUGUGCGUCGCUCAUGGCAACCGCCGAUUUCUUCAACGACCCUAUCGGCGAUUUGCAGAAACUUCCCACAACGGCCCGUGCUUCUCUUAUGCACGCUGGAGAAGAAUUGCGGCGACAGAUCGUUUUACAGCAGUGGCUCCAGGCGCACGGUGUCCAGCAUUUGUACAGAAGUUUAACAAAGUUUGGAAUCAAUAGUCUUCAAGACAUCUGUAAAGAAAAGCAUCUUUCUGACAUACAAUUAUCCAAGACCCUAGGGGUAUCUGACUGGGGGCUGUUGCAGGCAGCAGUAUCAAGUCUACCUUCUUCCAAUAAUGACCUGACCAAAGUGACUGAAACAACGUGGAAUUCAGUUAUCAUUGAAGAAAAAACACCAUGGGGCUUUGGUGCAAUAUUUUUUGUCUCUCUCUUUGUGACUGCUCUUACUCUGGUGGGCAUGGCAACAACCAUGUCCCAAACAUUCCUUUUCUUUGAUCAUUCCACGACUAGAAAGUUGGGCUGCCUGGCUUAUGUUACUGGCAAAUAUCUUGCUCCACAGAACUGUAAAGUUGAAUUCUUGUGGUCAGAUCCUGAGGUUGUAGGGAGUACUUUAACCUUCACUAUCAAGUUCUUUCAGCGUAAUGGACGAGCGUAUCCCAUCUGUAAUGAAGAUAACUUCCUUGUGGAGAUAACACAAGGGACUAACAAGAUAGCUUGCAGCGUAGAACUUGGAGGCCAGGAGCCCAGCGAUGCAAACAAAGCUUGUGUACAGUUUAGUGUGCGACACGCAGGAGAAUAUAAGAUAUCCGUACUCUUGGGUGUUGUACACAUACGUGGAAGUCCAUUCAUAAAACAUUUUCUGCCAGGUCCACCAGAACCACAGAAAACAGGGUUUGUACACCAUUGCUCUACAGUUGUAUGUACAGAAGGAUUACCCUACCAGCUUUUUAUUGAAUUGAGAGAUCAGUACAACAACUUGUGUGUUGUGGAAGCUGCUGCUGAUCCCAGUGAUGAGUUUAGUGUAGACAUUGUUGAAACUAAUACAGGCCGACCUGUACAUGCACCUUUCCGAUGGGAAUGUCAUCCCCAAUCUUCAAGAAUAGGAUUGAUUUUGAAGCUCGAUAAAGAAGGCUGUUACCGAGCCACAGUGUUUUAUUGUGGAGCUGCUCUACGAAAUGGAGACUUUCACAUUAUUGUUUUGAAUCGUGGGGAUGCUUGUUUAGUCCAGAAAAAUGUUGCCAAAAAGAGCCACAACAUUUGGUAUGAAGCCAGACUCAUUUCUGUAGAUGGUCAGCGGCUACCAAAGUCCAAGAAAGUAUACUGUUAUAUUUCCCCCAAGCAACUGACCAUCAGAGAGUUCAUGCUGAAGUUUAUUCCAAAACGUUUCACAACAUUCCGUCUCUGUCCAUCUACCAAGUUUCAGUUCCAGAGUGCAAACAACAAACAAGAGAGUCAUGUUUUAGUGAUUGAUGAUGGUUGCCAACCACAGGUGGAGCUAGUGUCUGCUGAGAGAAACGUGAUAGCAGCCACUUUUACUCAGUUUCUUUUGAAAAACAUUGGAGGGUCAGAGACUUUUAAAGAUAAACAAGAUUUUUUCUACCACGAAGUUCGCAAACUGCAUCAGAAGCACUUUCAUGAAAAGUUGCCUUUAAGGAUUCACAGAGAAAAAUUACUUGAAGGGUCCAUGAAAACAACUAAGAGUUUUAGCCUAGCAGACUGGUGCAAAAACUUUGAGAUCACUUUUCUGGGAGAGGAAGGAGUAGAUUGGGGUGGUCUGAGAAGAGAAUGGUUUGAGUUAGUUUGUGAAGCAUUGUUUGAUCCAGAAAACCUUCUGUUCCAUAGGUUUAAGAAUGAUAAACAAGGUUUGGCUCAUCCUAAUCCUUGGAGACCUUUGUUUUUAAAACUAAAGCACUAUGAAUUUGCUGGCAAAAUUGUGGGCAAGUGUCUUUACGAGUCUGCUUUGGGUAGUACAUACCGGCAGCUAGUAAAAGCUCGGUUUUCUCGUUCAUUCCUGGCUCAGUUAAUUGGCCUACGAGUCCAUUAUAAGUACUUUGAGCAAGAUGAUCCUGACCUUUACGUCUCCAAGAUUCGUUAUAUUUUGGAGAAUGAUGUAGAAGAUAUGGAACUUACUUUUACUGAGGAAGAAUACGAUAAUAAUGGACAAUUAGUGAAGGUAGUGGAACUGAUACCCGGUGGUUCUCGGAUCCAAGUCACAAGUCAAAACAAAUUGAAGUACUUGGAUGCUCUUGCUCAGUAUAGACUAGCAAAUAAUGUGAAGGAAGAAGUAGAAGCAUUUCUGAAAGGUCUUAAUGAACUGAUCCCGGACAACUUGCUGAGUAUCUUUGAUGAGUAUGAGCUUGAGUUGUUGAUGUGUGGAACAGGCCACUACAGUAUUGCUGAUUUUAAAGGUAACCAUGCCAUGACAGGCUCCUCCUAUGAAUUCAGAAAGGUGCUGGAUUGGUUUUGGACUGCUGUGUCAAAUUUCACUGAAGAAGAAAUGGCUCGACUUCUUCAGUUUACAACAGGCUGUUCUCAGUUACCACCAGGUGGAUUUGCAGAGCUCAAUCCUAAGUUUCAUCUAGUUUGUGCUCCAACUUUUGGAGUUUUGCCUACAGCCCAUACUUGCUUUAACCAGUUGUGCCUACCAGACUAUGACUCUUACCAACAAUUUGAAAGCGCCUUAAGGUUUGCUAUCAACGAAGGAUCCGAAGGAUUUGGAAUGAUAUAGAAAAUCAAAAAUAUAAUACACUGUAAAUUAAUACAUACUGGUGCUUCAUAAAAUUUUCUUUAUUGGGAACAGGUACACGAGUUUUGACUUCUAGACGUACGUUUGUUGUUCAGCUAAUCUAAUUAUUGAAGAAACCUAGAGUGGUCAUUCUACUUCGUAAUUAGAAGUGGAAAUGAACCAAAACGUGUGUCAAAUUUUCGAUUUCUCACAGCUAUUUCAGCCAAAUAGUUAGAGAAGGUAUGCAGUAUAAUUCAUGUAGGUGAACCAAUUGGACAAUGGUCAGUUCUUAGAUUACUCAAGUAGCCCCAUGGUGGCCAAUUAACACAACGACUGAACAGACCACUAUUAGGGUGAUUUAAUAAGCUAGUUUGGUGUAACCUGUGUAAAUAAAAUCGGAAUUAUAAAGUAUGUUCAUUCAACUACACACUUUUAUCAUUUAAGACUAUUUUGGAUCUAAAGUUUUGUAUAAUUGAAGUUUAAAGCCAAUUAACAGUAUUAAUUACUAUAUAUUAUUAAUGAAUAUGCUUAGAACAGUGGUGAACAACCCAAAAGCUGCAUGUGAUUUCCUGAGGCCUCCCUGCAUCCUAAAAUAUGCUUCAUUUAUAGCUCAUUUUUAUUCAAAUAUAUAAUAUUUGACUUAUGAUUGGUAAAGGGGGUCUUGUAGCUAAUGACGUGUAGCCCACCACUUACUUAAAUUAACUGUGGUUUCUAAAUUUUCACCUUUAUACUUCAAGUAUUUGUUCUUAUGCACUGUAGUUAACUAAAAGUGAUUGUCCAUAAGCCUCUAUUAAACAUAGUGUGUGUCAAAAUAAACUUACUGUUCUCUGCUUUUCAGAUAAAUAAUAAUUUUGUAUGUUACCUUUCUGGGUCUGUAUUUGACUUGAAAUGCUAUAUAUGUAAGUAUUGUAGUGCAUAGAGCUGAAAACUAGAUACUAUUGUGUACUUAAAAUACUUCAUAACUCUGAUAGGUUCAAUACAUUUUCAGAUCUAGUCAUUCUCUCUCUCUCUUUAUUUCACCUAAACAUGAGUGUUUAAAAAAUAGUCGUUUUACAUGCAUUUUUUAACUUGAAUACAACUAAAAAGAACAGAGACAUGGUUUAAUGUUUCCAUUAUCCACCCCUUUGUUUUGUUAAACAUUAUAAUAACUUAUUUUUAUAUUUCAAUGACAAAAAAAAUGAUAAUUGUCAAUACCAUAAAGAACAUUUUCCACUAUUAUCUAGUGGUAAAGUUCAGAAGUACUUAUGUUGUAAUUUAGAAUUCAGUUUUGGAAAAAUGAAGCUGCCAGCUGAAGCAUUUUUUUUUUAAAAAGUAGUCUAACAUUUCAUCUAGUCUGUUUCUAGACAUGGGAAAAAAAAAAAUACAACUUUUGUUGAAGUGUUAUUAUGAAAAAUUAUAAUUAAAAACUAAAAAUAAACUGUUUCUGGCUGAAUUACUAAAUCUGCUCCAAGCAGUAUGUUUAAUUUCCUGUUUCUAUGGAUACUUGUACCCAGUAUUAAGUUCUAGAAUUAUAAUGAACAAUUUCUUUAAACUACAGGUGCUAAUACUAGCAUAUGGUAACUAACUCCAAAUCAUUGUUGGAAUUUGUAGAAUAAAAAAUUACCCCAGUGAAUUAUUAAUACAAAGCAGAUUGAUAUUCUUUGCUA